CAGCGUUAUUUUCCAUAUUUUUCCCCGACCUUGUACAGAACCAGAAGAAAUCACGAAGCAGACCUAAAUUGGGCGAAGGAAGAACAGAUCACAAAGAGGAGUAAAUUGAAAUCUCAGUGAUUCUCUGCUUGCUGCACAUGGCCAAUCUCCCGCAGAAUCUCUCGAUCAGCGCCGCCGCCUUCGGCGGCGGCCCCGCCGCCCCAUCCCCCUCCGCAGUCGGAGCUCAGCCCAAUAAGGACCGAAAGAUGCAAUCCGCCGAGCAGCUGGUGCUCGAUCUCAGCAAUCCCGACCACCGCGAAAACGCUCUCCUCGAACUCUCCAAGAAGAGAGAGCUGUUUCAAGAUCUGGCCCCGUUACUGUGGAAUUCAUUUGGUACCAUUGCUGCACUUUUGCAGGAAAUUGUCUCCAUAUACCCUGUCUUGUCACCACCAAACUUGACUCCGGCACAAUCAAAUAGAGUUUGUAAUGCACUUGCUCUUCUUCAGUGUGUGGCCUCUCACCAUGAAACCAGACUGUUGUUUCUCAAUGCCCAUAUUCCUCUCUACCUGUAUCCUUUCCUUAAUACAACAAGCAAGUCAAGGCCUUUUGAAUUUCUUAGGCUUACUAGCUUAGGCGUCAUCGGUGCCCUUGUGAAGGUGGAUGACAGUGAUGUCAUCAAUUUUCUGCUAUCAACAGAAAUAAUUCCUCUUUGUCUGCGCACAAUGGAGUUGGGUAGCGAACUCUCAAAAACAGUUGCAACAUUCAUUGUGCAAAAGAUCCUUCUAGAUGAUAUGGGGUUGGAUUAUAUAUGCACUACAGCCGAGCGGUUCUUUGCCGUAGGGAGGGUGCUGGGUAAUAUGGUGACCGCACUCGCGGAGCAGCCUUCCUCCAGACUGCUGAAGCAUAUAAUCCGUUGCUACCUUCGUUUGUCUGAUAAUGCAAGAGCUUGUGAUGCACUCAGGAGUUGCCUUCCAGAUCUGCUCAGGGAUGCCACUCCCUUCAGUAGCUGCCUUCGAGAGGACCCGACAACCCGAAGGUGGCUACAACAGUUACUUCACAACGUCCAAGUGCCCCGGGUUCCUCUACAAGCAGGCGGUGGAUUUGAUCAUUUGUUGAUGAACUGAAAAACAUCAGUCUUUCUAUCCAUCAUGGAUAAUGCAAAUGGAUGAUGAUGAUGAGCCAAGUAUGGUUAAACAAAUGAGAGAUUCUGUAAUUAAGAAGAAGAAGAAGAAGAAGAGUGGAAAAUCUAUUCUCUUUUAUCUUUCACUUUUCUUUUCCUUCACUCAUAGAUUGGCACUUUAGUCAGACAUACAAAACUAUGGUCUGUGAAUCAGUGGAUGUAAUGCCUUUUCAGUCUAUCUUUUGUUUUAAAAUAUAUAAAAUGCCCUUGUGAAAUUCUUCUACAUCUUAAAAAUGAAACUUGCAACUUCCC